CCGGCCUCUACUUCCGCCAAUCUCAUUUAUAUUUAUAACAAAUUCUAUUCAUCGUCACAAGAGGAACUCUCUCCCAGGAAGAUCCCAAUAAUGGAUCCGAACCCGAAAACCCACCCGAUUCUCUCUUACGUCAUGGCCAGACUUCCCUCUCUCGGACCCAAACCCCCUGACCACUCCUUCGACAUCGAGCAACCUCCACAGCCACCAUCACAACAACAACCACCACCGCUUCCCCAAUUAACUGACCCAGCCCUCCUCUCUUCUAUGAGACGCGCUGUUGGCGAUGUAGCCCAAACCCGAUCGAUACUCCAAACCCUAGGCCCCCGACCCGACCACGAAACUGUCGACGCUGCGAAACUCAAAGUAAGCGAAAUCGAGAGCAAUCUAUCGAAAGAAUUGGAGGAUCUUGUGCUUUCUCAGCGGUCGAAUGAGAUUGAUAGGUUAGAGUGGAGGGCGCAUUUGGCUGAGAAAGAAAAGAAGAUUCGAGAAGAGGCGGAGAAAGAGAGAGGGUUUUAUAAAAUGGUGUUGCAAUUGGAUGAAAUGCACGAGGAGUAUGAGAAGUUGUUGAAGGAAGCGGAGGAAAGAUUGGUGAAGAUUUAUGAGAAGGCGGAGCGAGGAGGGGGGGAAGAAGAAGAGGUGGUGGUGGAGGAGGAGGAGGUGAGUGAGGAGGUCGUGGGAGUUUUGAGAGAGGGGAGUGGAAAAGGGAUGGAAAGAGUGGAUUUGUCGAAUCGGAGACUCAGAAUUUUACCUGAGGCAUUUGGGAGGGUUGUUGGCUUGAAAGUGCUUGAUCUUUCCAAUAAUCAACUUGAGGUCAUUCCGGAUUCUAUAGCUGGGUUAGAAAUUCUCGAGGAGCUCAUUCUUGCUUCAAAUCUGUUAGAAGCAUUGCCAGAUUCAAUUGGAUUACUGCAAAACUUGAAAAUCCUGGAUGUCUCUAGCAACAAGAUAGAGAUCUUGCCUGACACCAUUUGUCAUUGCAGGUCAUUGCUGGAAUUGGAUGUGAGCUUCAACCGCUUGACAUACUUGCCGACUAAUAUUGGAUAUGAAAUGUUGAAUCUUCAGAGGCUUUCGAUCCAGCUGAACAAGAUUUGUUCCCUUCCCACUUCUAUUUGUGAGAUGAGAUCUCUGUGCCACCUCGAUGCUCAUUUCAAUGAGCUUCGCGGCCUUCCUCUUGCUAUUGGGAAACUGGCAAAUCUAGAGAUCCUCAAUUUGAGCAGUAAUUUCAGUGACCUGAAAGAACUCCCUGAAACUUUUGGUGAUUUGAUGAACCUCAAGGAACUUGAUCUUAGCAACAACCAGAUAUCUGCUUUGCCUGAUACAUUUGGUCGGCUGGAUAACUUGACCAAGCUCAACUUGGACCAAAAUCCUCUUGUUAUCCCGCCAGCAGAAGUGGUUAAGGAAGGGGUCGAGGCUGUGAAGACUUUUAUGGCUAAGAGGUGGCUCGACAUAUUGGUGGAGGAAGAAAGGAAGAGUAUGCUUGAAGUACAAGAACAGGCACAGACUGGAUGGUUGACACGCAGCACCUCUUGGUUGAAAACUUACGCGUCUGGUGUUUCCGAGACUGUUUCAGGAAUCUUAAGUCCGAGAGGUCCUAGAGAUCCUUAUCUUGAUCAACAGCUUUGACUUCCCAAUUUCCUGAUAUUUCAAGAUCCAUUUCUUCUCAACAGCAUGCACAUUUGAUAUGACUGGUGAGAUGGAUUUCUUCUGCUUUCAAUUGCUUUCAUUCUAAUGCCGUGACAAUGUCAACUAGAAUGAGUUGCAAGUUAAACAAAUUUUGUUCUUCUUCCCCUCAGUCCUCUUCUGGUUUUGCCAGUUUUGCGACACAAUAAAUAGGUAGAUUCUUGGCUGUUCUGUUAUCUGAACUUCACUUUGAUUUCAGUACAUUGACAGCUGUAUAUCUAGCUGAACGACAGUUUCCUUUGCUCACUGUUAAAUUGCACGGAAUAGAGCAAUGUUUGGAAGUUGCUCACAAAUGCUACUCCACUCCCUGUUUAAGGAGGUUAUAUACAGUAAUAUUUUGGGA